AGUUCUGCACGUGUGACUGUGUCGCUGGAUUUUCGAGCUUUGACAACACAUUUUCUUUGCAAGGUUUCUUAACCUACUCCAUGUACUACCUAUUGAAGAUUAAAUCGCCACUUGCAACGACAUUUCAUCUACAUUACCAAGCUGGAGACGAAUUGAGACAUUCACAAUGUCCCAAGCCACUAAACGCAAACACGUCGUUAAGGAGGUGCUCGGGGAUUACGUCACCCCGACUGAAAACCAGCAGAUUGUGAGGGUUGUCAGUAGCCCUGGCAACAAUUUGCAUGAGGCUGUGACAUCUGAGGGCGAGAAGUUUCUUGUGAGCAUGCCCACAAAGUUCCGGAAGAACAUCUGGAUCAAGAGAGGUGAUUAUGUGAUAGUGGACCCAAUUGAGGAGGGGGAUAAGGUGAAGGGGGAGAUCAGCUUCAUCCUGUACCGAGAUCACAUCCAUCACCUGAAGAAGCUUGGGAUGUGGCCCAAGGGUUUCCAGGACAACCGUACAUCAGAAGAAAGAAUGGAUGGACCGCAGCGGAAGGAUGGAGGAGAGGAGAAAGAGGAGGACGACAGUGAGUCCGAGGAGGACGACAGCGACCUCUUCGUCAACACUAACCGCACAAACUAUCACUACACAGAGAGCGAGGAAGAUACAGAGGACGAGGAGGAGUCUGAUGAUGAGGAUGAAGAGAAUGUAGAUGAGGAAGAGGAGGGUGACAAGAACAGUGUGUAGGGUGUGUGUGUAUGUGUGUUGUUGUGGCAACACACAAGCACCACUUGGACAUCACCUCUUAUCUUCUCAAAAUGUCCAACUACAUUUCAUGUUGCAAACAGACCAAUCAGCUAACUUACCACAGGAACAAGGAAAGACAUUAAAGUUAUGUGCUUGUAAAGUUGUAUGAUAACAGAUGAUAACAACAUUACUGCAGGAGAUGGGUAUGAUCUCACUAGAGAAUGUGUUCAACAUUAUGGCCAGACCACUAGGUGGCACUCUCUUAUCCUCUUGAGGUUACAAUUUAAUCACACUGAUGGUCAUCUGUAAUCGGUCAGUCAGUUGUGUUUUGCAGCAACUCGGUCAUCAAUGCUUUGACAAUUCUAAGUUGUUGGGCAGGUUGUUUGGCUGUUGGGUUCUUGGAGAAACCUGACCUACUGUAGAACAAGUUUUGCCUGGCGAUGGCAAGCACCUGACUUUUCUGGAUUCACCAGUGUUGAACAUUAUUAGUCACUAGAUGGAAUUAUUCUGUAAAACUGAAGCCACCAAUUUGUCAACAAAACAAUUCUUGAAAGUAGGGUCUAGACUAAAAAAGACACUCUAAUUCAGAGAUUGAUUUCAUACACAAUAGCUAACAAGCUACAGAAGUGUCAUAUCAUCUUGGUAAUCCAUCAAGGGUUAUUAAGUUGUAAGAUAGCAUAUUGAUGCAAAAUAAAUAAUGGAAGGCUUGUAAAAUAAUUAUUGUAAAUAUGAUGUGUAAUAAAAUAUUUUUUGUGUUA